UUUGGUGGACGCCUUCGGAGUGGAGCCUGCCUGCCGGGCUGCAGCAGAUUUCUCCGUGCCCAAGAGCUGAGGAGGGAUUGCUUCUCCUUCUGUUGACUCUAUUUUUAUGGUUUAAGUUUAUCUAUUCAUGGGGCUGAAAAGCACUUGCAAAUCCAUCCACGGCGAAGUGUGGCAAGCCGCCCAGGGUCGCGUCGUCGUCGUGCGCCUGUGGUCAGGCACUCCUCACUCCCACCGGGCAGGCGGACACUAAAGAUGGAAGCGAGUUCUUCUGGAAUCACUAAUGGAAAAGCCAAAGUGUUCCACGCAGAAGGAGGUGUGGAUUUGCAAGGCUGCCAGCUGGAUAUGCAAACACGCCCUGACGGCCCAAAGAGUGGUGUGGACUUUUCAGAGAUUCUUAAUGCAAUACAAGAAAUGGCCAAGGACGUCAAUAUUCUUUUUGAUGAAUUAGAAGCUGUCAAUAGUCCUUGCAAAGAUGACGACUCCCUCCUUCACCCAGGAAACCUGACCAGUACUUCAGAUGACGCCAGCAGAUUAGAAGCAGGUGGAGAGACAGUGCGAGAAAAAAACAAGUUAAACGGACUGUACUUUCGAGAUGGAAAGUGUCGGAUUGACUACAUUCUUGUGUACAGAAAGUCCAGCCCCCAGACUGAAAAGAGAGAAGUGUUUGAAAGAAAUAUUAGAGCAGAAGGAUUACAAAUGGAGAAAGAGUCCUCUCUAAUAAAUAGUGACAUUAUCUUUGUGAAGCUGCAUGCCCCAUGGGAGGUCCUCGGAAGAUACGCAGAGCAAAUGAAUGUAAGGAUGCCCUUCAGGAGAAAAAUCUAUUACCUGCCCCGCCGUUACAAGUUCAUGAGCAGGAUCAAUAAACAAAUAAGCAGGUUUCGGAGAUGGUUACCCAAGAAGCCGAUGAGGCUGGACAAGGAGACACUGCCAGACCUGGAGGAGAACGACUGCUACACUGCCCCCUUCAGCCAGCAAAGGAUCCACCACUUCAUCAUACACAACAAAGACACUUUCUUCAACAAUGCCACAAGAAGCAGAAUCGUGCACCAUAUUUUACAAAGAAUAAAGUAUGAAGAAGGAAAAAACAAAAUUGGUCUGAAUCGCUUGCUUACCAAUGGCUCCUAUGAAGCUGCUUUUCCCCUGCACGAGGGAAGUUACAGAAGUAAAAACUCCAUCCGAACACACGGAGCAGUAAACCACCGACAUCUUCUCUAUGAGUGCUGGGCUUCCUGGGGCGUGUGGUACAAAUACCAGCCCCUGGAUCUGGUGAGGCGCUACUUUGGAGAGAAGAUUGGGCUGUAUUUUGCCUGGCUGGGCUGGUACACCGGCAUGCUCUUCCCUGCUGCCUUCAUUGGACUCUUCGUCUUUUUGUAUGGUGUCACCACCCUGGACCACUGCCAAGUCAGUAAAGAAGUCUGCCAAGCUACAGACAUCAUCAUGUGUCCCGUGUGUGACAAAUACUGUCCGUUCAUGAGGCUAUCUGACAGCUGUGUCUACGCCAAGGUGACCCACCUUUUUGACAACGGAGCCACGGUCUUCUUCGCUGUGUUCAUGGCUGUCUGGGCAACAGUUUUCCUGGAAUUUUGGAAAAGACGUCGAGCAGUAAUUGCUUAUGACUGGGAUUUGAUAGACUGGGAAGAAGAGGAGGAAGAAAUCCGACCCCAAUUUGAAGCCAAGUACUCGAAGAAAGAGCGGAUGAACCCGAUUUCAGGAAAGCCAGAACCUUACCAAGCAUUUGCCGAUAAAUGCAGCAGGCUUGUUGUUUCUGCAUCGGGAAUAUUUUUUAUGAUCUGCGUGGUGAUCGCAGCCGUGUUCGGGAUCGUCAUUUACCGGGUGGUGACCGUCAGCACUUUCGCAGCCUUUAAGUGGGCACUAAUCAGGAAUAACUCUCAGGUCGCAACCACAGGAACUGCCGUGUGCAUCAACUUCUGUAUCAUCAUGCUGCUGAACGUGCUCUAUGAAAAAGUUGCACUGCUUCUGACAAAUUUAGAACAGCCUCGCACAGAAUCCGAGUGGGAGAACAGCUUCACCCUGAAAAUGUUUCUUUUUCAGUUUGUCAAUCUGAACAGCUCCACAUUCUACAUUGCGUUCUUCCUCGGAAGAUUUACAGGACACCCAGGUGCCUACUUGAGGCUGAUAAACAGGUGGAGACUGGAAGAGUGCCACCCUAGUGGAUGCCUUAUUGAUCUCUGUAUGCAAAUGGGUAUUAUCAUGGUGCUAAAGCAGACCUGGAACAAUUUCAUGGAACUUGGCUACCCGUUAAUUCAGAACUGGUGGACUAGAAGAAAAGUACGGCAAGAACAUGGACCUGAGAGGAAAAUAAACUUCCCACAGUGGGAAAAGGACUACAACCUUCAGCCAAUGAACGCCUAUGGCCUCUUCGACGAAUACUUGGAAAUGAUUCUCCAGUUUGGAUUCACAACUAUCUUUGUGGCAGCUUUUCCCCUAGCACCACUUCUGGCCUUACUGAAUAACAUAAUUGAGAUUCGACUUGAUGCUUACAAAUUUGUCACACAGUGGAGGAGACCGCUAGCUUCAAGGGCCAAAGACAUAGGAAUUUGGUACGGGAUUCUUGAAGGCAUCGGAAUUCUCUCUGUUAUCACCAAUGCGUUCGUCAUAGCCAUCACAUCCGACUUCAUCCCUCGCUUGGUGUACGCCUACAAGUACGGCCCUUGCGCCGGCCAAGGAGAAGCGGGGCAAAAGUGCAUGGUUGGCUACGUGAAUGCCAGCUUGUCGGUGUUCCGAAUUUCUGACUUUGAGAACCGGUCGGAACCUGAGUCUGAUGGCAGCGAGUUCUCCGGGACUCCCCUCAAGUACUGCAGAUACCGAGACUACCGCGACUCUCCGCACGCACUGGUGCCCUACGGCUACACGCUGCAGUUCUGGCACGUGCUUGCAGCCCGGCUGGCUUUCAUCAUCGUGUUCGAGCACCUCGUGUUUUGUAUAAAACACCUCAUUUCCUACCUGAUCCCUGACCUCCCAAAAGACCUAAGGGACCGAAUGAGGAGAGAGAAGUACUUGAUUCAGGAGAUGAUGUACGAGGCCGAACUGGAGCGCCUUCAGAAGGAGCGGAAGGAGAGGAAGAAGAACGGAAAAGCACACCACAAUGAGUGGCCAUGAUCAGGUAAUAGCUCAUGUCCAGGCCAAGGACCUGAAUUUUGUUUACUUCUCCUGGCUGUGCAAAAAAGCACAUUCAAGUGAAUGAUACACACACAAAAAUGCAACCACAGUGCAUGUUGCAGACUCAGGCAGCUGCAGGCAGGUCAGCGCCCAGCCCGGGCUGGAGGUGGAGUCGCUGCUGUGGAGAUGCGUGGCAGCCCGGCCCACAACCGCUAUGUAUCCAUAGACCACUCCUGACCAAGCAAGCAUGCACGUUACGGGCAGUUCCAUUCUCACGUUUUUAAAACUAAGGGGAACUUGUAUACUGGGCCUGUUUUUCAGCCUGUUUGCUACCUUUUUUUGCAUUCUGUCCCAUGUGAAUUUUACAGACACUGGGCUAAAAAGAGUUUUGGACACCUGGACACACAUUCCUGGAAUGUCAUCUUAUGGUCCUAACUCCAUGUCACCAAAUGACACAGACAAGAUCCUGUUUACAAUGACUCUUUUCUUUCCUUUUCUUUUUUAAUUUCUGAUCUUUCUGAGGAGAUGAUUCUGUAUGACAUGUCUAUAGCUAUGCGUAUGGCCAUAGAUGUAUUUCUGUGUGUACAUAUGUAUAGUCAUGUAUUCUUACAUAUGUACAUACAAAUACAGAGAUAUAUAAAGUACAUAAAAAACUCCUUACUUGUAAAUAGCCAAAAGGCACUGACAUGAAUGACAAAUUUUCACACUUAGUCAUCAACAUGAAGCCAUGUUUAAUGCUUGUAUAAUGUGAUGCAAUAAAAUUUAAAAUAAAUUUAUGCACAUGAAAUAUUCUCAGCUG